UCCAAAUCUUACCUGGCGAGACAUGCAACACUUGGUUGUCUGGACCUCUGAGUAUGACCCACUGGCCAAUAACCCUGGGUGGAAAAAGAAUGGAGCAGGCUUGAUGGUGAAUAGUCGAUUUGGAUUUGGGUUGCUAAAUGCCAAAGCUCUGGUGGAUUUAGCUGAUCCCAGGACCUGGACCAGUGUGCCUGAGAAGAAAGAGUGUAUGGUAAAGGACAAUGACUUUGAGCCCAGAGCCCUGAAAGGUAAUGGAGAAGUUAUCAUUGAAAUUCCAACAAGAGCUUGUGAAGGACAAGACAACGCCAUCAAGUCCCUGGAACAUGUGCAAUUUGAAGCAACGAUUGAAUAUUCCCGAAGAGGAGACCUUCAUGUUACCCUUACUUCUGCUGCUGGGACCAGCACUGUACUGUUGGCUGAAAGAGAACGGGAUACAUCUCCUAAUGGCUUUAAGAAUUGGGACUUCAUGUCUGUUCACACGUGGGGAGAGAAUCCCAUAGGCACCUGGACUUUGCGAAUUACAGACAUGUCUGGAAGAAUGCAAAAUGAAGGAAGAAUUGUCAACUGGAAGCUGAUUUUGCACGGGACCUCUUCUCAGCCGGAACACAUGAAACAAUCUCGUGUGUACACAUCCUACAACACCGUCCAGAACGACAGAAGAGGGGUGGAGAAAAUGGUGGAUCCAGGGCAGGAGCAGCCCACGCAAGAGAACCUGAAAAAGAACCCCCUCACAUCAAAAAGCCCCAAUGGCGACAGUUCAGGGAGCAGAAGGGAUGAGGUGGUGAAGGCAGCCCCAUCCGAGGCCAUGCUGAGACUCCUACAAAGUGCUUUCAGCAAAAACUCACCCCCAAAGCAAUCACCAAAGAAGUCUCCAAGUGCAAAGCUCCAUAUCCCUUAUGAAAAUUUCUAUGAAGCCCUGGAAAAGCUGAACAAGCCUUCCCAGCUUAAAGACUCCGAGGACAGUCUAUAUAACGACUAUGUUGAUGUUUUCUAUAACACGAAACCUUACAAGCACAGAGAUGACCGGCUGCUGCAGGCAUUGGUGGACAUUCUGAGGGAAGAAAAUUGACAUCAGUGUGUGGUCCUGAGUUGGAAAUAUUCACGCUUCCUCCUUUCCCUUAGAUUUUUGUCUGUGUCUGAAGUGGUCGUUUUGGCCGUUGGUUCUUAUGCUUAUAAUAUUCUUUUGUGGUACUUUUGCUUUUGCUCCCCAAACUAGACAUGUGAAAGGGAUGAGCUCAGGUUAAAAAUCCCACUUCCUGAAUUGAUCAUGACUCCUUCAAAACACAUCUUCCCCGCAUGCACAAGUGAAAUGUUUUGUUCUUUAUGGAGCCACAGUUCAUUUCGCUUGUGGUCCUCACGCCACACUAGAAUGCUUCCUUGAGCCCUCCCAUUUCAUUUCUCAAAAGAAAAGGCAUCCCCCAGGUCAGAGAUUCAUUUGAAGAAGUAAUCUGCAAAGAUUGAGAGCAAAUAAAACUGCUCCUAUAACUUGUCUCCUGUCUUUUCCACGUGGUUCUUUGAGUUGUGAAGCCCAACAGGGUUGGAAAGUUUCUAAUGGAAGAGUUCACAAUUAGACCCAUACCCUUGGCUUUUCUACCCUCUAGCACUACUCAUUCAGGGAGCGGCCAUUUGGUCAUUUUGGGGAGAAGCUGAGUCAUUGAGAUCCAGAAACAGUCCUCCAAAUCUGUGUUAUGUGGUAUGAGCAGUUUUAGACCAUUUUUCUUGGCUUGGUGUGCUGUGUAGAGGCCUCUGUGACUCUAAAGUUGACCAGGACUUGUGUGUGCUUUGGUCUUCCUCCCUUUCCCCUUAUGAAGGUUUUUGUUACCUAUUUCCUUUCUCAGCCACAAGCUGAAUACUGAGAGAACUAAUUCAUAUUACUUUCUUAGAAUAGAACUUAUACUUGGGACUUGGCAAAUUCCUAGUCAUAUUUUUUCAACGAUACUAACAGGAAACCACUCAUGACACAGAAAACCAAUGUAAACAGGAAAAUAUUUAUAAUGGAGAGAGCCAAGGGAAGAUUUUGUUGGUUUUUUAAAUUGUAUUCAUUUGAACAGGUUUUCUGGAUCUUUAAAACUAAGUGUUCAUUCCUUACCACUAACGGCUCUUUCCCAAUGUUACAACUGAUAGCAUUCAAAUAUUUACUCAAUAGCUUCCAGGAUUCAACUCAAGAGGACACAAACUGGCAGUCCACAGGCCCCAUUUGUCCCUCAGGCAGAUUUUGUUUGGCAUGUCAAAUGAUUUAUAAAUAUGAGUGAUUCCUGAAAAUAUGAAAUUUCACAUAAAACUUGAUUCUCAGACCCAUUUUCCCUCCUGGCAACAGUUGGCUAGCAUUGAAUAGCGUUGAAAUCUGCCCAGCUAGAUUUGAGUGCAAGGUCCCCGAGUUGUCCUGCUCCGUGUUGCUCACAGUGGCUACCUUACCGGUCAGCACCCAACAAGAAUUUCAUUUUUUGCCACUGCUGCACGAAACAACACAAAGUGUAAAUGCAUUCAGGAAAACAAACAAACAAACAUCUACUUCUUUCAGGUAGGAUAUGUAUAACCAAUAACUAUGAGAACUUGCCAUGAUCUGGUUAAUUUAUAGGUGGGGAAAAAUGAUAUUUGAGACCCCGGAAAGUACCUCUGAAAUCUAGCUUGAUAUAUUUGUUUCAUCUCGCCUCCCCUGGAUGCCAUUUAUACUGAAUUCAUUAAUUGCUAACCCCUAGCUUCCCAAUUUCUAGGCGCUCACAAAGGUUCCAGUCAUCUACGAUGUUGGCCUUCUCCCAUUGCAUUUGCUGUUUGUAAUUCUUCCCUAAAGUUGGAACUUCAGAAAGCCACACGUGAACUAGACCAGAAAGAGAACACUAGAGUCUGUCACUUGCUAUGGCUUGAAGUGUGGUGGGUAAGACCAAGUUUCACCUCCUAGCCUACCAUUUGUAUUUGUGCACAAGCGAAGUAUUUGCAGAGCAAUCCCCAGGAUGCUUCAAGGAUGUUCUCCUAAAACAACUGCAGUGUCACUCUAUCCUUAGAAGUUCCACAUGUUGUUUGAUACAAAGUGUUGGACAGAAUUUUGAAAAUUGCAGCACAUCAAAAAAGUAUUAAAGCCAAAAAGGAUCAGAGAGUUAUUAGGUAAGUUGUCAACUAAAAAACAAAGCUAAGGCCCAGAGAGGCCAAUGAAUGGUAAUAAACAAAAACUCAUCGUUUCCCCUUUCCUACUUUCAUGCUCACUGUAUGAAGCUUUCUUUUUUAUCCUUCUAACAGUAUCUUUUCCUGGUUGAAACCCCAACCAACUCAUUGGACUGUAGCCAAAGUUUCACUCUAGAGAAGCUUUAAUAUUUAAAUAAAGUCAUGUUUGAAUGUUUCCAACCUGGAGUAUAUUGUUCAGGCAUAAAAUAUUUUUGUCAGUCUUUCUUAGUGCCUGUGUGGAUUUUUGUGAAAAUGUAAAAGAGGAAACUUAUAUAAUAUUUCCCUCAGAAUUUUAAACUCUAUUUUCUUUACAGGUGUUUAUAAUGUACCGAUGCUUUUAUCAGAAUUUUAAAAGGCAUAAUAAAUUAUAUUAAAGAACCAAAAAUUUCCUGAGAAUAAGAAAGUUUCAUCCAAUAAAAUAUUUUUGAAAGGCAUGUUCCUCUGUCAGUGAAAAAAAAAAAGUAUAAUAUGUAUAUGUGUUGUGAUAUUAAAAGUGACAUUUGUCUAAUAGCCUAAUACAAUGUGUAGCUGAGUUUAACAUGUGUGGUCUUAGCAUCUUUAAGGGAACUCCCACAUUAUACACUUGAUGUAUUAACCAGAAUAUGUAAAAUAUGCUUAUACAUCAGAAGAAUAAAUGGUUUCUC